AUGAGCGGUGAAGAAGAAAAGCCCGCCCUGGAACAGUAUGGUAUUGACCUUACACAACGCGCCAGAGAUGGCAAGCUCGAUCCCGUCAUCGGAAGAGAUGCUGAGAUUCAACGAACCAUCCAAGUCCUGUCACGCCGUACCAAGAAUAACCCAGUGCUCAUUGGCUCAGCGGGUACUGGUAAGACUGCCAUUCUCGAAGGUCUCGCGCAACGAAUCGUGCGAGGAGACGUUCCCGAGAGCAUCAGGGAGAAGAAAGUCGUCUCCUUGGAUCUCGGUUCACUCAUUGCUGGCGCAAAGUUUCGUGGCGACUUCGAAGAACGUCUGAAGAAGGUACUCGAGGAAACCCAAAAAGCCGAGGGCAAGGUCAUCCUAUUCGUCGACGAACUUCACACUCUUCUUGGACUUGGUAAAGCCGAAGGUAGCAUCGAUGCUAGCAACUUACUCAAGCCUGCUCUAUCUCGUGGUGAGCUACAGUGCUGUGGCGCCACCACCCUGAACGAGUACAGAUUGAUCGAGAAGGACGUUGCUCUUGCUCGACGUUUUCAACCUAUCCUAGUUGGUGAGCCUAGCGUGCAAGAUACAAUCUCUAUUCUUCGAGGCAUCAAGGAUCGCUACGAGGUGCAUCAUGGUGUCCGCAUUACCGACUCGGCUCUCGUUGCUGCCGCUACAUACAGUAAUCGAUACAUCACCGACAGAUUUCUACCAGACAAAGCAAUUGAUCUGGUAGACGAGGCCAGUAGUGCUUUGCGACUACAGCAGGAGAGUAAGCCCGAUGCGAUACAGAAGCUCGAUCGCGAGAUCAUGACCAUUCAAAUUGAGCUCGAGUCGCUACGAAAGGAAAAGGAUAUCGCCAGCCAAGAACGCAGAGAGCAGCUCGAGAAGAAUCUCACCCUCAAGCAAGAUGAAGUCGGCCUGCUCACUGAGAAGUGGGAAAAGGAGCGAGCAGAAAUUGAAGAAGCCAAGGGUAUCAAAGAGAAGCUCGAACAAGCUCGCCUUGAUCUCGAGCAGGCCCAGCGAGCAGCUGAUUUGGCUCGUGCCAGUGAGUUACGUUACAGCACGAUUCCAGAGCUGGAGAAGAAGCUUCCGAAAGAGGGUGCAGAGGGGGCAGUCGAUGCUGAUGGUAACACUCUCUUGCAUGACUCCGUCAACGCAGACGAUAUUGCUGCAGUUGUCGCACGAACGACCGGAAUUCCUGUAAACAAGCUGAUGUCAGGCGAGAUUGAAAAGCUCGUUCACAUGGAGGACACUUUGCGUCAAUCUGUCCGUGGUCAGGACGAAGCGCUCACAGCCGUCGCCAACGCUGUUCGCAUGCAACGUGCAGGACUGAACGGCGAGAACCGUCCUUUGGCAUCUUUCAUGUUCCUAGGACCUACCGGUGUUGGCAAGACCGAGCUUUGCAAGAAGAUGGCCGAGUUCCUCUUCUCCACUGAGUCUGCAGUUCUUCGAUUUGACAUGAGUGAGUUCCAGGAGAAGCACACCGUCAGCCGUUUGAUCGGAAGUCCUGCUGGCUACGUAGGCUACGAGGACGCUGGUCAACUCACCGAGGCCGUUCGACGAAAGCCAUAUGCUGUGCUUCUGUUUGACGAGUUUGAGAAAGCACACAAAGACAUUUCAACUCUUCUCUUACAGGUUCUUGACGAAGGCUUCCUCACUGAUGCUCAAGGACACAAGAUCGACUUCCGCAACACCAUGAUUGUGCUGACGUCAAAUCUGGGUGCCGAAGCACUUCUGACAGAUGAGAGCUCCAACAGCGAGAUCUCAGCUGAGGUCAAGCAGAAUGUCAUGGAUGUGGUACAGUCGGCUUAUGCCCCCGAGUUCCUGAAUCGUGUUGAUGAGUUCAUCAUCUUCAAGCGUCUAUCACGCGAAGCUCUCAGAGACAUUACCGACAUUCGUCUCAAGGAGCUGCAGGCCAGACUUGAUGAUCGCAGAAUCAAGCUCGAAGUACCAGACGACGUCAAAGCUUGGCUCUGCGAGAAGGGUUACGAGCCUCGCUACGGUGCCCGCCCUCUCAACCGCCUCAUCUCUAAGGAGAUUGGCAACGGAUUGGCCGACAAGAUCAUUCGCGGACAAAUCAAGACCGGAGAUGUUGCUAAGGUUGCCGUUGGCUCUGACGGAGAACAUCUUGAGGUUCUCACACCUGAGUCCUCAUAG